UCGCCAUGUCCCUGCCCCUCCCCCACCCUUCUUUGUGACCUCAGCUUGUGUGAUGUAACCAGCAGGGAAUGUGGACCAGCCUGGGGUGCAGGAAACACAGCACCCCACGUGGAGAGCUCAGAGGACAGCGGACAACCUCCUAAAGGAGGGUAGGAGGAGGAGGGGCGGAGAGAAGGGACAUGGGCACUUGGGGCAGGGGUCUGGGACAUACCUGCCAGGGCGUCGGUGCAGGUGGUGAGCCCUGUUCCACGGGCCGGACCCCUGGAGCCCGCCUCCUGGGGCCUGCAGGCAGGGCUGAAGAAGCUCCCAGGGCAGAGGGCAGCGCCUGCCCUGACCAGCUGCUGCUGUUUCAGCGUCGCCUGGAAAAGCAGGCACCGACCUCAGAGUGAAAAGCGGAUCUCAGGGAGCACCUCGCGGGCGCCUGCUUGCCUGCUGAUCGCCACAGUAGCGUGAGAUGGCCAUGCCUUACGCAGAGAAAAGACACUCGCGACGGGUGGACUCACUGCACCGUAGACCACUUCUGGUGAGCUGAGUGGGCUCUUUCCCGCGUGGGUGCUCGGGGAGGGUCUGGCAGUCCCUGAGCCCAUGGUCCUGUCUCCAGGCCUCUGCACUGACUCGAGACCCUUCGGGGGGGGGGGGCGGUGAGUACCUCUACCAGAGGCCACACGUGGCAGAACACAGUGGUGGGAAAAGGUCUCAGGCCUGACCCCAGUGUGUUCCUCUGCAGGAAGGGCAGGCUCCCCUAGGCAAGGAUGGGCAGCGGGAAGGGUCUAGGGUCUUUGCACGAAGCCUGGAGGUCACUGCUGGGGCGGGCUCCUCCUGAGGGUGGGAUGGAAGGGUUUGGGGCGGGGGGGGGGGGGAGAGCUGUUUUCCUUCCAGGACAUGAGUAGGAAGCUGGAUCCCCGACCCCUCCCCCCGAGAAAGGUGUUAGACUUCUGCCUUGCUCACCUCCUGGGUCCCGGUGCUGGCAUUGCUCCUUCCGCACAGGGGAGCUCAGGUAAGAGACGCCGGAACAGGAACCCAAGGCCUGCAAACAGAAGGCUGCCGCGAGUGUCUUUUCUCCUCAGCCCCUGGGUAAGGCAUGGCCAUCUCAGCCUACUGUGGCGAUCAGCAGGCAAGCAGGCGCCCGCGCUGGGGAAGGAAAGGAGGUCUUGUUCUCUCCCACUGAGCUCCGGUCGGGUGAGGAGACACUGCCUGGGUAGGGUGGAAGAGGGCAGGGGUGCGCCUGGCUCGGGCAGGUCCCUGGAGCACUCCUCUUGCCCACUUGCAAGCUGGCGGCAGCCACGUAGCGCUCUUUGCUGUUGCCGCGUGAGCAGCGUUGCAGGGAUAGGCAGGGCGCACACUUGGUGAGUAGCUACACUGCGUUCAUUUUCAUUGUUUUCCCCACUAUUCUGUGUGCUGCAAUGAAGGGAGGGGAGGCAGGUCAGCCCCACAGAAUGGGGCAACACCAUUUCGGCCUCCUCGGACUGCUUGUGUGUGCCCUCUUUCCUCAGGACUGAAGAGUGGAGAGGAGAUGCAAGGCCCUUGGAGACAACCUAGCGGACACCAGCCCUUUGUGUCUUGGCUGAGUGAAGCAGAUUUAUUCCGGGACUGCAGUGGGUACCCCGGGCUUCCCGAUCCAGGGGACUUUCCCUAGGGGAGGCGGGGAGGUUCCUGGGUAAGUGCUCUGCACACCCUUCUGCAGAGCUUAGACACCUCAGCACUGCCUGCAGAGGCAGGCUCAUGGAGUUCAGGUGGGACCCAGGGACAGGGACCGGCUCUGCUGACCCUCACACACCCAGCCCUGUGCAACAUGCGCCUGCCCCCAUCCUUCGUCCCGCGUGGGCGCUAAGCCCUUCCCAGCUUAGACCGCCUGCUCUAGACAGCCAGCCAGGCAGCGGCAGCCCAGGGCCGCCGACAGAGGCCACUGCCCCGCUGUCUGUGUUCCCUCCGCCCCUGGGUUGUUGUCUCCCGAGGACCGGGAGCAGGAGCAGAGGACCAGCAGAGGGGGAGCCUUUCGGUCCCACAGACAACUUGUUGGGUCCCAGGUCGGGGAGGUGGGCACUUCUCAUCCUCAGCUUCCCCAAAUGGUGCGCGUGGAGCCAUCUGGUGGCCUGGGAGACUGACAGGAGGCUCGGCCUCCCGGGUGGAGAAGCCGGUGUCUCCAGAGCUCCAGCAGGUCCUCGCGUUCUCUGUCCCAUAGGGGCCGCGUCUCCCACCGGAAUCCCUGUCUCAGACCCGAGGGGCAGUGCGCAGAGCAUGAAGAUGGCACUGGAGGUCUUUCUUAGGAGCUGGCACAGAUCAGAGGUCAGUCUGUCUACACGCUGCGAACGGCCCCCCGUGGCCUCUGUCACAUCUCUAAGGAAUGUCACAGCCCGGCCCUGAGUGACACAACAGGAAUCCUCACCCGGAUGCCCCUCGCCGACGCUGAAAACCAGCACAGCCGUGCACUCAAGGCACCCGCAGGCAGGCAGGCGAGGAAGAGGCCGGUGCCCAAUGAGGAGACACUGAAGGAGGACAAGGCAGAGACAGA